UGCCUCAUUGGGGAGUAAAUGCGCAGCUUUGGACAUACGGCGAGGGAUUUGAUCGUAGAGAAGUGCCGUCGAACUGUGCCACUGUGUGUUGUGUGGCAGCAACACACCCAAUGUGUUGUGUUUUUCGAAUAUUUAGUAACAAUUUCGGUGUUAAAAAAUAUAAAUAAUCAUGUAGCGGUGUCAUAAGUGCGCCUGAAAAUGUGGACGACAACAAAGACGACUAAGUACGGCGUUGCCCUCUAUAACUGGCGAGGGGACACCCGUUAUGGACUGCCAUUGGAAAUCGGAGAGACCGUCCAGAUAUUGGAGGAAUGUGCUGGAUGGUUCAGAGGAUUCUCCACCAAAAAUCGCGCAGUGAAGGGCAUUUUCCCUAGUUCUUACGUUCAGUUGAAGCCCUGCAAAAUCGACAAUGAGGGACUCUUUGAAUCAGUUAUACCCCUGGAAGAUCCUGUCGUCCGAGAAGUUACACUUGUACUCAGGGAAUGGGGGGGAAUAUGGAAAAGGCUCUACGUGGAAAGAGAGACCUACAAAUUCAACACCCUGCGAAAAGUGAUGUAUGAAUUGCUGGAUUGGAGGAGGCAAUUGUUGGGUGGUACAUUGCCCAGCGACCAAACGCGUGAGCUGAAAUUGCGGAUCAUCAACAAGGUUGACUGGGGUAAUCGGAAGCUCGGCUUGGACCUUGUACCUCGACAAGGGUCACACAUGGUAGAUCCAGAUACGAUGUCUGUCAUCGAAUUAUACCACGUGCAUGUCCAAAGUGCUGAGAAUUCGCAGGGUGCUUCGGCCCGGGGAACCUUGAGACGUAAAGAGCACAAAAAAGUUUUAACUCAUCAUCUGUACUUCAGUUUGAGAGAUUUCGGUCAUACGAUCGGAGAAGAUGUUGAGAUUUAUUUUUCCUUGUAUGACGCAAAGCACGCGCAAUACCUAAGUGAAAGAUUUUUAGUGAGAAUAUCGAAAGAGGGAUUUUCUAAUUAUGUAGAAAAACUGCUGAGUAAUUGCACAAUUUUCACCGAUUUGGGUAAUGCUGAUCUUAGCAAAGAUCUGUACAUGGUGGCUCAUGUGAUGAGAUGUGGAAGAAUGCUGUAUUCUGACUCAGGAAAAAAUAAAGCUUGCACCACCGUUUAUCGUAGACCUCAUGGUGUCGCUGUUCUUUCUUUGGCGGAAGCCACACAAGAUCACAGCGGCGAGGAAUCAGAAAUUACUUUUAAGGUCUACCAAGGAGAGGAAAAGGAAUUCCAUCAAUUACACGAGCAAAUAAUUCGGAACAAUAAAUGUUCCCCCCUCACGGGACAACCCAACUAUGGGAUCGUAGCGUCCUUGCGUGUUUUACAUGGAGAGUUGUCUCAAGUUCGCGAAGAACAUCCAUUGUUGUUCAAAAAUAUCUGUCUGACAAAAAAGCUUGGCUUCUCUGAUGUUAUAAUGCCGGGAGAUGUGCGGAACGACCUAUAUCUGAGAUUAGAACGAGGAGAAUUCGAGCGUGGAGGAAAAUCCACCGCAAAAAAUAUCGAGGUGACCAUAUUAGUGUUGGAUGGUGACGGACAACCUUUAGAGGGUUGCUUGUUUGGUGCAGCUGGUAUGGAUGGAAGUUCCGAAUACCAAAGCUUAGUGAUUUAUCAUUACAACAGUCCAUCGUGGGCAGAGACUGUGAGGCUUGCGGUUCCUAUUGAUAAAUUUUAUGGCAGCCAUGUACGUUUGGAGUUCAGGCACUGUUCGACCCGAGAAAAGAAUGACAAAAAAUUAUUCGGAUUCGCUUUUGUCCGUUUAAUGGAACACGGAGGUGCUACUUUACAAGACGGACAGCACGAGCUCUACAUAUACAAAUGUGAAGAUCGUACUAAGCUCGAUAGUCUAAGUUACUUGGCCUUGCCUAGUAGCGGGCGAGAGCCCAGUCCUACGGGGCCGUUGUCAUUCACGAGAUCACAAAAAGAGGCUGUAUUCGUACAUUCUCUACUCUGCAGUACAAAAUUGACGCAAAAUGUAGAUUUAUUGAGUCUUUUACAAUGGAAAGAACAUCCAGAGAAAAUUUCCGAAGCAUUGGGACGUGUUUUAAGACUGGGAGGCGAGGAAUUGGUUAAAUUCCUGCAAGAUAUUCUAGACGCCUUAUUCUCCAUGUUCCACACAGAAGAUGGAAACUCUACGGCUCACUCAGGCCUCGUAUUUCAAGUCCUAGUUUCAAUAUUUAGUUUACUAGAAGAUCCAAAGUUUGAGCACUUCAAACCUGUAAUGGAUGCUUACAUAUCUGGCCACUUUGCCGCCGCCCUGGUUUACAAAGGCCUAUUAAGCAGUGUCCAGCACUGCGCGGACUGGGUAACCGCUGCCGAAAAACAAGAGCCAAUCAUGAAAUGCUUCCGAUCCUUGGAGUACAUCUUCAAGUUUAUCAUCCAGAGUCGUUUGCUCUUCUCCAGGGCAACGGCGGGACAAUAUGAAGAUAGUUUCAAGAGAGACUUAUAUUGCGUCUUCGCAGCGCUCAACAAAAUGCUCAGCAUAUCUUGUGAUGUGGUGCUGUUGUCUCAGGUGGCCUUGCUCCUAUCUAUUUCGGCAGUAUUUGAGCAGCUUACCGCGGUUUUACCAGUUCUUGAAGUAGCCAGAUUAACAUGUCAAAUGCUUGAUUCUCUACCUCGAGAACUGCCGCCACAAUUAAUGCAAGCUAAGCUAUCGGCUAUAAAAAAUCUAGUAACUUCACAGCUGUUUCAAGAUGACGAGAGCCGAAAUUUGCUGCUUACUACGAUAUGCAGACACUUAAGGGUACAUUUGAAUAGAAGGGAAGAGCUCAGAUCUUGCACAGACAUAUUAGGAGAACUUCUUAGCUUUUUGCAUAAACGAGCUCAUGAUACGAAUAAAGUUAACAAUUGUAUCCAUCACGACGUUGAGACACUCAGUCUCUCAAUAUUGGAUAGUUUAAUUCAAACGAUAUUAAUCAUCAUUGACUCCAACAGUCCAAAUCUGGGAUGUCUAGUCGGCUGUUUAAUCGGUCUUCUUCAAUUACUUGACGAGUAUCACUAUUCAAGGCUCUGGGAAGAGUUGACUCAUGGCGGCGAACGUAAGCCGUUGAAGGAUUUUUUGCUAAGAGUCUUUGUGGUCUUCAGAGAUUUAGUCAGACAAGAAGUUUUUCCACCUGAUUGGCUGGUCAUCAGAAUGCAAGCAAACAAUAUAAUUCUGAGGUCACUGCAGGAACUCGCACAGCCCUUAGCAUUUAGAUUUUUACAUGGUAGCUUUGACUCUCAACUCUGGUUAACAUACUUCAAUUUGGCUGUGGCUUAUUUAACACAGCCUUCACUCCAGCUGGAACAAUUCUCCGAAGUCAAGAGAGAGAAGAUAGUAGAAAAAUAUGGUGAUAUGAGAGUAUUAAUGGGCUUCCAAAUACUUUCAAUGUGGUCACACCUUGGUGAACGAAAAUUAGACUUUAUUCCUGGUAUGGUAGGACCAUUUUUGGAGGUAACCCUAGUACCUGAGAGUGAACUGAGGAAGGCAACCUUGCAUAUUUUCUUCGAUAUGAUGGAAUGCGAGCAACGAGCUAGAGGCAGUUUCAAAUCCGUUGAAUCGGAGUUAAUCGAUAAGCUAGACAUCCUAAUCAGCGAAAAUAAAGGGGAUGACGAAUAUCGGCAGCUAUUUAAUACCAUGGAACAUCUCAGUGCUGUACUGCUUGAUAGAGUUCAAUCUGAAGAUCCGACAUGGAAGGAUAGCGGUACAGCAUUUAUAACAUCAGUAACACGUUUGUUGGAAAGACUGUUGGACUAUCGAAGCGUUAUCCAAGGCGAUGAGAAUAGAGAUAAGCGAAUGUCUUGCACCGUCAAUUUGUUGAAUUUUUACAAAAACGAGUUUAAUCGAAAGGAAAUGUAUCUUCGUUAUAUCUAUAAACUUCACGACUUGCAUCUGGCAGCAGAAAAUUACACAGAAGCGGGGUUUACUAUGAAAUUAUAUGCCGAUCAGCUUGGCUGGGGAGCAACAACUUUGCCACCUGAUCACGCACAUCCUCAACAACCAGAAUGGCAGAGAAAAGAAUUGCUCUACCACGAAAUUAUACAUUAUUUUGACCGAGGCAAAUGCUGGGAAAAAGGAAUACCUCUGUGCAAAGAAUUGGCUAUGUUGUACGAAUCAAGAUUAUUUGAUUAUGCCAAACUUAGCCACAUAUUACGGACACAGGCAAGAUUUCUCGACAAUAUCCUUACACAACUCAGACCAGAACCAGAAUAUUUCAGAGUAGGCUUCUAUGGACUAAGUUUCCCGCUAUUCGUCAGGAAUAAACUAUUUAUUUAUCGGGGACUGGAAUAUGAGCGUAUUGGUGCUUUCACCCAACGACUGCAAACUGAAUUUCCAAGCGCACAAAUUCUCAUGAAAAAUUCACCCCCUGAUGAAAGCAUCAUUUCUUCUGAAGGGCAAUAUAUACAAAUCUGCAACGUCAAACCGAUUCCCGAGGAAGGAAGCUUGGGAUAUGGCAUGUCCGAAGUUCCCGAACGGAUAGUAGCAUUUUAUCUCGUAAACGAUGUACGAAAGUUCACUUUCGAUCGUCCUUUGCACCGAGGUCCGGUUGAUCGAGAAAAUGAAUUUAAGUCCUUGUGGAUUGAACGGACAUUAUUAACCACGGAAGCCAAACUUCCGGGUAUACUCCGAUGGUUUGAAGUGAUAGAAAAAAGAUCUGAACUACUUGCUCCUGUCCAGUUUGCUUGUGAAACUAUGCAAACUGUGGAACGUGAGCUGCGAAGACUUGUUGCACAAUAUACAGCAGAACCUCACAGAAACAUCAAUCCCUUUAGUAUGAGAUUACAGGGAAUAAUUGACGCCAACGUUAUGGGUGGUAUAACGAAAUACCAGGAAGCAUUCUUGAUACCAGAAUUCUCAAGACAAAAUCCAGACGCUAUUUCACAUGUGAAUCGUCUGAGAAGCUUGAUCUUAGAUCAAAUGAGCGUUUUAGAAUCAGGUUUACUUCUACAUGGACAACUUGCCCCAGCUGGUGUACAACCUCUCCAUAAAAGACUUAUCGAAAGAUUCACUCAACUAAAACAAGGCCUGGGUCCUCUGGCACGUCAAAGAACCGUUCACCAGGACAGUAUCAUCAAUUCACCCUUGCCCCCAUUGCCGACAAAUGAGAAGCAGCGCCCAGCUACUUUGGAAACAGCUGGUUCUAGAAUAUCUCACACAGACAGUGAAGGGCAGUUGGAAGACGAGGGAUUCUACACAAGAGUCGAUGGGGCUCCACCCCCAAUUCCACAAAGAGAGGUCCGACCUCGUUCUGUUGGCUAUGGAUCAACGCCUCCAAGACCUACGCACCAAAGAACUCUCAGCAAACCGAUCAGUCCAAAAUUACCUCUAAGACAUUCUUUACCCACUCCAACCGAUGGAGGUGAUCAGACUAAUAUGAGGAGCUCCUGGAGUGAACCAGGACCCGAACCAGCUCCACCGUUGCCACCAAGAGGAUGCACGCCGGAUAAGAGGGAGCCAAAUACAAGCUCGGUUGGACCACCUGCUCCACCUAAGCGUCUGGGGCAUAAGCGUGCAACAGAAUGGAGUACGGACGAUGAUACCGAACAGCAGAGUGACUCAAACGAUCUGAGAGAUAGUGGAAUAUCAACAGCUAGUCUUUCGGACUUGCAAUCUCAUCUAACAAACUUGAACAAUCUAAGCUACGAGGACUUUGAACCCAGGGCAAGAUGCAAUGAUGUAAUGAACAUCUCUCCACCAACUGUGAUAAACGCUUUGAACGUUUCACUAACUAAUUUUUCCAACAGCACAUUCCAAAGCUCGCAUACCUUUCAAAAUAGCUUCCAAGAGGUAAGUCCACCACCGAUACCUCCUAAAGCCCAUCAAGAUGUACCAUCAACUCCUUCAACUUUGGAGAGGGCAACAGCCCGUUCUCAGAUCUCUGGCCAUACAGAAAACUACACGGUACCAAAAUUGCAGCCUCUUUCUGUAGCAUCAGAUACGGAAAGCAGCGUCUAGCAAUCACGUGUCCUAGUCUUAGAAGUUAGUAGCGGUGUGCGGGAGUCCAGAAGAAAAAAGAAGCUUCAUUCUGUUCAGACUUUAAUAGCGAACGCAAGUAUCAUUAUGAUUAUUGAAAUUAGGUGCUUAAAAUUAUAAUUAUCCUCGUAUCACCAAGAUGGUAUCGAUUAUGUUUAGUCAAUAAUUCCCACUGAUUUAAUAUCCGGAAAUAUUUUAUAAGUACACUUUAUGAUAUGGUAGUCUUAUCUGUGCAAUUAAGGACUGAGCAUAUUUUUAAUCGAUUAUAAACAACUGCUUAUAUUUAUUACUGCAUUAAAACGUCUAUAAAAUGUUUGGAUGAAUGCUAUUUCUUUCUUUAGAAUCUUUCAACCGUUGAUCACAAAGCUUAUCCUGUCUAAUUGCAAGGGUUCGAUGUUCUCGUUCAAAUCUAUUAUAAAAAAAAACGUAAAUUUGAUUGUGCAUUGGAUUCACGCACCACCAGCGUUUAGUGAUAAAAUUAUUGAAAAGUGUCACAAUGUGAAAGAAAUUCAUCUUCAAGUAGACUUCAAGAGAUAGAUUUGACUCUCCUACAACUACCUAAGUAUUGUACCUUAGUAGAACAGCUCAAUAUCAGUUUCAAUACCGGAGAGAUUAGUGACUUUAUUGACACGAAGCAGACCAAGUUACCAGCUAGUUAUAUUUUCCAGUACCUAUCGUACCGUUGCUGUAUUUAUUGUAAUGAGGUUUAAACAUCUGGCUAAGUACCUGGCUGAUGCGCACAAAAAUAGAUAUUUCAGUAAAAUGUUCAGAUCAAACCAAUAUAAGUUCAGUAUGUGGUUAGAUAGCGUUAAAGCCCUGUGUUCAGGAAAAGAGAUAUGAUAAUUGUGUAUGCAAUAUUAUCAUUCAAUAUUUCUUAUGAGCGAACGUUGCAUACAGGUCUUUGGCUGGUAACAAUCUUGCUCUAGAUGUAGAGUCUGGUGUUGAAACGUGCGAGAUUUUACUUUAAAGACAACGCUCUUCCGAGUAUUAAUCUAACUAUAUUUUGUAAUUUAUUUAUAUUUUCCAAGAGAAUAAAAGUCAUUUUUAUCAACAA